CCCUCCCCCGCCCUGCUUCCUCCGGCCGCGGCCGCCUCCCCGCGACGAACCAAUCGUGCUCGACCUUCGCCGCCGUGCCUGGGCUUUCGCUCGCUCGCUCCUCCUGCGCUGCGUGCGGGCGGCUUGCGUGGCGUGCGUUCUUGGCCACCUGGACGGUCGCUGUCGCCUCUCCGCACUCUGCUUUUGUCGUCGUCGUCGUCGCUGCCUUUUGGCUGGGCUUCUCCCUCGCCUUUUGCUUUCCCACCUCCUCCCGCCCGCGCUCCCGGCGGCAAUCAUGGAGGCGCGGUGGGCUCGUGCCUGAGCUCUCCCUCCGCUCCCCGGUCGACAGAUCAGCCUGCGCUUUCCUUUUCCUUGCCAGUUUCAGAAUCUGGUGCUGCUGGUGUGUGGGGGUCGCGGAGAGCUCGCCCCGCUUGUUCUUGGCUGGCAUUAGCUCCGCGGGAUUCGCUUCAAUUUUGCCCAGCCAGGCAGGCGUCGGGAUUCUCGCUUCGAACAGUUGAGUCGAUUGGGACGCUUUGGGGGCGGGAGCUUUGUUCUUGGGGUUCCCCUGCUUUGAGUUGGCGCGAAUCCGGGAUGCUUCUGGGCGCAAGCGCUGCGGGGAUGGAGGAGGAGAAGAAGGGGGUGAUGAUGGGGAGGGAGAGGGACCAGUUCCCCGUCGGCAUGCGGGUGCUCGCGGUCGACGACGACCCGGUGUGCCUCAAGGUGCUCGAGACCCUCCUCCGGCGCUGCCGGUAUCACGUCACAACAACCAACCAGGCCAUUAUGGCGCUGAAGCUGCUACGGGAGAACAGGGACAUGUUUGAUCUGGUUAUCAGCGACGUACACAUGCCGGACAUGGAUGGAUUUAAGCUCCUUGAGCUUGUAGGGCUUGAGAUGGACCUCCCCGUCAUCAUGUUAUCAGUGAACGGAGAGACGAAAUCCGUGAUGAAGGGGAUAACUCAUGGAGCCUGUGACUACCUCCUAAAACCUGUUCGUAUCGAAGAGCUUAGGAACAUAUGGCAGCAUGUUGUCAGGAGGAAGUUCAGUAAGCGCGAACGCAGUAAUCUUGACAUCUACAAGGAUUUCAAUAAGCCACCAAGUGCAGAUUCAUGCCAUGGGCACAAUCAGAUUGUUGGCGGGGCUCCUGACCAAAGUGGGAGGGUCAGCAAGAAGAGGAAGGAAAUGCACAGCGACGAGGAAGAUGAAGGAGAGGAGAAUGAUUUGCAAGAAGGUGAUGAACCCUCUGCGACUAAGAAGCCAAGAGUUGUUUGGUCAGUUGAACUGCAUCGGAAAUUUGUUGCGGCUGUCAACCAGCUUGGAAUUGAUAAAGCUGUACCAAAAAGAAUUCUUGAGCUUAUGAAUGUGGAGAAGCUCACCAGAGAAAACGUUGCGAGUCAUCUACAGAAAUACAGGCUCUACCUCAAACGGUUAAGUGCUGUGGCAUCACAGCAAGCUAGUAUUGUUGCUGCUUUUGGAGGUAGAGACCCGUCCUUUCUUCACAUGGGAGCAUUUGAAGGGAUUCAGGGUUAUCAGCCUUUUGUGCCUUCUGCUGCUCUAUCAUCUUUCAACCCACAUGGCUUGCUAACUGGAACUAGUGCAGCAACAUUUGGGGUUCAAGAGCUUGCUCCUACCAUGACAGUUCAAACUGCUACCAACAAUGCCAUAAUAGGUCACUGUACUAGUGAUGGGAACAAAUUCCAGUAUGUCGGCUUACAAGAAAACCAACCAGCAAAUUUGCCACGAGGAUCGACCACACCACUUGGGCUGCCCCAACUCCAACAGAAGUGGAUCCAUCAAGAAAAUAAUGAUUUGUCUACUGUCUUUUCUGGGAGCGCACUGGCUAACAGCCUGUCUGGUGCACUCCAGAGAGUUACAAGCAGUCCAUUGCCACCACAAGAACUUUUGGAGUGCGCACAAGCCAAACUUACCAUCCGGCCAUCGAUGCCAAUGCCAUCUAUGAAUUCAGAACUGGUUGAAAGGACUGUUGGAGUUUCAUCUAAUUUGCAGGAUUCAAGUGUAUCCCAGCAGGGUGCCCUUCCAAUAAAUGAUGCAUUUUCCACUGACAAGUUACAGUUGCAUGAUCCAUUCGAUGGCACUAGUGGAACAAAAUUUUCUGUAACCAUGCCCGUUUGUCCUACUGGUAGCCUUACAGCCACCAACAACAAGAGUGGUGCUAGUUCUUGUGGCACAGUGCUGCUCCCUCCUGAUACUGGGAGACAUUCAAACUACCUACAGUUCGCAGGUGCAGGGAACUCUAGACAUGAAAUAGAUGGAAUGAAACAAGAUCAUCUGCAUAACCAAGAAAUGAGCAUUGGGAGUUUCAAUCAUGAUUUUGGUGCCUGUAUGACUGAGCAGACAAAUGCAAGUAUGUCAUCUCUUAUGCCACAAAUGAAGAUUAACUCAUUGACAUCAGAGGAUAAACUGAAGCAGAAGAAUAUUUAUGAUCUGGGGAUUCCAAAGCUGCAUGGUGGUUUUAGCUCUAGUAGCUGCAAUUUUGAUGGUCUUCUCAGUUCCAUGAUCAAAGCGGAGAAGGAUGAUCUCUCAUUCACGGAUAAUGACCUGGGGUGUGACCUCUUUCCACUUGGUGCCUGCAUAUGAGAGCUCUUAAUAUCCCUCUUGCGGAUUGGUCCUCUAUGGAUGGAAGGACGUUGUACAGUACAUUACUAUUUAGGAGCAUUAGCCAGUUAUGCUGCCUGAUGUGUUACUAUGUCUAGUACUGUGCACACUAGAUGAUAUACUAGGGAUACAAGUAGGUAAGGAUAAUGGCUUGUAAUCUGCACUCUCCUUUUCGAAUGGGAAAUGGAAGUAUGUUUAGGUAAAAGAAGAAAAAGAAGCAAGUAUAC